ACCCCCCCGCCCCCUUGGAGCCGCGAGCUGUGGAGGCAGAGGCGGCGGUGGCGUUUCCCCAGAAGCCCCUCCCUCAGGAGGAAAGCCGAGGUUCCUGUUUUUUAAUAUGAUACAGCCCUAUCACCAUGAACAGGGUUUGCUGAUUACUAAGGCUUUAUGCAACUUGAAAGGGAUGCCACAACUUGAAGCAGAGGUUCCAUCCGAAGCACCACAUCAGAAGGGCUAUACUGCUUCAGUCUUGCCUUUAUAAAGAGCUGCUGCUCCUACACAAAAGCCCUUCCUGCUAGAAUGAAGUUACUGGCUAAAUCAAGUUGACCCCCUCAGUGCUUCUAGUUGAUACAAGAGGGCACCGUGUUGACCAUGGCAUUGAAGGACAACAUUGUCAACAAAGUGAUUCCUGUCCUCAGAAUUAGUCAGCUGGAUGCACUUGAACUGAACAAAGCCUUGGAACAGCUAGUUUGGUCCCAGUUCACUUGCUGUUUUCAUGGAUUUAAACCUGGACUCUUGGCUCACUUUGAACCAGAAAUUAAAGCAUCUCUAUGGCUUUUUUUGUGGAGAUUCACCAUCUGUUCGAAGAAUGCAACAGUGGGACAGGCUCUACUGAACAUUCAAUACACAAAUGAUUUAUCCCAGAUACAGAAAUACCAGACAUUGAGCAAGCAACAGAAAUUAUGGUAUCUUAUUUGUACUGUUGGCGGGAAAUGGCUGGAAGAAAGGUGUUGUGAUUUAUUUAGCAAACGUCCAUUGGAGUCAUUCCAAAAGACAAAAUAUUUUAUUAACUUGAUAGUCAGGCUUCUCAGACUCUGUGAGUUGCUAAACUUCCUAAUUUUUCUUCAGAAGGGAAAAUUUGCUACACUUACUGAACGUAUUUUAGGAAUCAGAUCAGUGUUCUGCCAGCCACAGGGUAUCCGUCCAAUUGCAUUUGAAUACAUGAACCGAGAACUCUUGUGGCAUGGAUUUGCUGAGUUUCUGGUGUUCUUUUUGCCACUUAUUAACAUGCAGAAACUCAAGCUCAAGAUUUCUUCUUGGUCUUUACCUGUUAGGAAAAACUUCAAUAAUGAAAAUAUAUCAGAAAUAAGUCACAAGGAAUGUUCUGUGUGCAGGGAAUGGCCUACUAUGCCUCAUACUAUUGGUUGCUCACAUGUUUUUUGUUACUAUUGUAUUAAAAGUUGCUUCUUAUCAGAUAUAUACUUUACCUGUCCUAAAUGUGGCAUUGAGAUGCAAGAUCUCCAGCCAUUAAAAUAUAAGCUAGAAAUGAAAGAGAUAUAACUGACUUUUCCUAAAACGAAUAUAAUUCGUAAAACUGACAGAAAUAAUUUACAUAUAUUGUAUAUUUUAGUUGAGUUCCCCACCACCACCACAAUUGUCUUUCUAUAAUCCAUUCCUAUAUAGACUUUUAUUUAUUAUAAACAGGUGUGCUAAUAAUAUCAUGCACUUGAAACCUAAUAAACUGAUUUUUAAAAGAUAAA